GCCGGCUGACCAAUGGAUGUGAGGCAGGGCUCAGGGAACACAGCCAAUGACAGGAAGCAAUGGUGCAUGAGAGCGCAGCGAGGGAGGAGAGGAGAUAGGUGGUGCAUGAGAGAGGAGAUAGGUGGGGCAUGAGAGAGGAGCACACAGCAUCUGUUGACUGGCAUCCUCUGAAGACUGAGGCCGACAAGCAGAUAUCAUGGACAACAUCACAGCAGUGACGGUCCUACAUCACCUCUCCAGAGACCAGGAGGUCCUGCCUCUGUCCCAGGUCUCCCUACCGGCGCAGGAGGUCUACCCCUUCCACGACAGCUGGAACGUGGCCUGCUUCGUCAUCCUGCUGCUCUUCAUCCUCACCAUCUUGUCUUUGGCGGCCUUGGCCGUACUCUACGAGCUCCUGGACUGCGGCUGCUGCGCCAAAGGAAAGACGCGCCAACAAGUGCAGGAGGAAGGUCCAGGAAACUGCAGCCAAAUGAUGAGCAGCAUGUGCAAGGAGCCAGACUCCCACACGGAGGUGGUGUAGAACUGAUGAGCAGCAUGUGCGAGGAGCCAGACUCCCACACAGAGGUGGUGUAGAAGCAUGGAGAAGGACAAUGGAGGAUAAUUCCUUCUGGAGCAGAACCUCCCUCAGGGGAGACUGCCCUCACAGCUCAGAGCAAACUGAGGAAGCAGGCAAGAUGAAGCUAGACCGAGGCACAUCUCCACCACCACGGAGCAAGUUGUCCAAAUAUCUUUUUAUUCAGGACUUUUUUUAAUGCAUGUUCACCACCACUUUGAACACACGCAUCAAACUCAAGACCUGGGGGCCAAAUGUGGCCCACCACAUCAUUAUAAUGUGCCAUGCGGCCCCUGCAACAUUAUUUUAUGUGGUCUAUUAUACCAUUUCAUUGUGAUCCGUCACUGUAUUAUCUUAUUGUGGUCCAUUACAGCAUUAUAAUGUGAUCUGACACAUAAUUGUAAGUGAUCCGUCACACCAUUUAAUGUGGUCCCACAUAUGAUCUUAUCAUGGCACACCACAUCAUUUUACUGUGGCUUGCUACUUCAUUUUAAAAUGGCCCACUCCAUAAUGUUAUUGUAGCAUGCCACAUUGUUCUAAUGUGCCCCGCCACAUCAUUUCAUGUGGUCCCUUGUAUAAUUUUAUUGUGGUCCAUUAUAUAAUUUCAUUGUGGCAAGCUACCUAAUUUGAACGUGGCCCAUUUCAUAAUUUAAAUGUGCCUCACCACAUUAUUUUAAUGUAGUCCGCCACAUAAUUUUAAUGUAGUCCAGCAUAUCAUUUAUUGUUGGCAGCGAUAUCAUUCUAUAGUGGCCUGCCAAAUAAUUUUAUUGUCGACUGCUACUUCAUUUCAAUGUGGCCCAUCCCAUGAUUUUAAAAUGCCACACUAUAUAAUUCUAACGUGGCCCACCACAUCAUUUAAUGUGGCCUGCCACAUGAUUUACCUGGCCAUAAAAAGACUGGAAAUAAAAAAGUAUUUCUAGCUAAAAGUUAAAGUAGCCAUGAUAGUCACACACACACACACGAGGUGUGGCCAAAUUAUUCUCUGCAUUUGACCCAUCACCCUUGAUCACCCCCUGGGAGGUGAGGGGAGCAGUGAGCAGCAGCGGUGGUGUGUCAGUUCUUUCAGUUUUGACAGAAGAAUGUUGCAUGUAUUUGCUUAUGUUCUACACUUAAAUAUUAUUUGAUGAUCCAAGCUUUUUUUGGGUUAUUAAAAAAAUAA